AUGCAAGCGGACCGAGGCUGUAACGUCGUGGGCCCCCCCAGCGGACAGUCCCUCGCUCUACCUGCAGGAGGUGUCUUUACUGGUGAAAUGGCCGAGAACCGCGCCUUCACCACUCUCUCCUACAAUGGUGAUCUCACGACAGACUGGACAGACGGACGGGACCACCCUGUGAACUGGACCGGCCCCAGCACAGGAGAGGGCUGUCUGGUUAACAACCCUGACGGGUUUGGUGGUCCGUUACAUACCCAGAACGAGACCAGGGCCACAGGCACUGCGCUGGCGAUUUCGUACAAUUCCAACUUGGCGAAGGUGAAUAUGGAGAAUUUGGUUGUCAUCUCUGUCGCCCCCAACACCCCCUGGAAACGCCUAGUCGACUACCCCAUCCCCGCCGACCUCCCCCCCUGCGCCCCAGGCCAAUGCUACUGCGCCUGGCUCUGGGUGCCCGACGGAUGCGGCGAGCCAAACAUGUACAUGCAAAACUUCCGCUGCCACGUUCCAGGGAGCACGUCAGUUCGUCGGUUGGGCAUUGCCCAGCCCCCAGUGUAUUGUGCGAAUAACCCCUCUGCUUGCGUCAAAGGUCCAAAACAGAUGAUCGCCUGGCAUCAGCGGACGGGCAACAAUGUUGUCACCCCGGGGGACGUCACACCGCCGUAUAACUCCAAGAUGGGCUUUUUCCCAGGAGCGCAGAACGAUAUCUUUGAGACGAGGGUGGGGUGUUUUGUUGAUUCUGACUCUCCUCGCGUUCUGCCGCAUCAGAUCAGUAGCAUUACCGGUGGUAUGACAACGGAGAAGUGUAUUUCUGCCUGUGAGACGGCGGGAUAUUUCUAUGCGGGAGUCGAAUACAGCACCGAAUGCUUUUGCGGCAACUCCCAGCCUGGGUCGGGGUUGUUGGUGGCUGAUGGGCAGUGUGAUAUGCCUUGCGCGGGUGACGGGGGAGAAACGUGUGGAGCGGGGUGGAGGAUUGAGGUUUAUGGGACGGCGAAGUACCCGGCUAGUUCUUACACUCCUGCUGUGCCGCCUGUUUUGACUACGUCGACGUGGCUGUAUCUUUGUCCUGAGGUUCAAUGGGGUGGGAGUUGCGAGAAUAUCAGGGUUGGGCACGCGGAGAAGUGUGUCAGUUUGGCGGGGACUGACAUUUAUAAGAGAGUUAGGUCUGCUGGGCCGGAUAUGGGGAGGUGUGUGUUGUUUAGGUGA